CGAGAGUGUGCGAUAUUAAAGCGAAAAUUUGUAAACAAGCGACAUAGUGUGCAAAACAAAAACAACUUCGAUUUUUCGCGAAUUUCUUGUGUUUCGCUUGUUAAUUUCAUUGAAAAAGUGUUUCCACCACAUCUCCUAGUCACGAUGGAUUGCGAGGACAUGAUAAUUACAGAGGAACCGAAUUUGACGGAACGUAAAGAAGGAGGUAAACGUGGACGUAAGCCAGGACGUAAAGCAUCGUCAGAAAAAAUUGACAUGAAAGCUAAAUUAGAACGUAGUAGGCAAAGCGCUAGGGAAUGUCGUGCACGAAAGAAGUUGCGCUAUCAAUAUCUGGAAGAAUUAGUCACAGAUCGUGAGAAGGCUGUCUUUGCAUUGCGUGCCGAAUUAGAAAGGUAUAAGCAGUGGAGUGCUGAAUUAGACGCAGGACGUUUACCGGAGGGAUUCCAGGCACUUCUGGAAGAACUGGGAAUGCUUAAGCAAGAGUAGAAAUCUUCAUAUGCGGCAGCCUAUUUGUAUUCCCAUCUCAAAACAAUAAUAAAACUAAUGAAUUUGUGUCAUUCUGAGAUGUUAUAUCUGUAAUCUGUUUGCCAUUGGUUUGCUCAGGAUUUUAUGCAACAAAUUAUUUUUUUAAAUGUUUGAAUAGUUUGAAGCCUUUUUGCAGUUGUUUUUUGUUCUGUUUUUGUUUAUUUAUUAUUUCUAUCUACGCUUUCAACAAUGAAGUAAAUAUGUAUAUGAAAUUGUUGGUAUAAGAUGAAGGAACUCCCAAUUUGCUAGGCUUUUUGUGCCGUCUAUUAUUGUUUUCAACGAGUUUUGUUUAUUCUUCCAUCUCUUAUAAUCGGUAGGUUAUAGCAGCUAUUUUUCUAAUUCAGAUUUAAAAUAUUUAUGAAUGGUUGUACCAAAUGUGUAUUUGACUAAGUCAUGUUAUUUGUACUGUGCUUAAAGGUAUUGAAGAACAGAAAUUUUUUAGAAAUGUAUGUAUUUUACUACUUGUCCCUUUACUAUGAAUGAAGAAAACAGGAAAAUUUGAAAGAUUCGAAGUGUAUUUUAAAUUUGUUAUUGGAAAAAUCUUAAAGUUGUUAUAUUAGAAGUAAGGAAAAUAAAUAUUGUGAUUAUGAA